UCUUCAAUGUCAUUGAAUCAAUGGAACAGUAACUCAAAUUCGUAGUAGUACUAAUUAGAUUCGAUUAACGGUAAUUACUGUUUCAAGUUUUUUUUUAAUUUUCGACUGGGUAAAUCCAAUUCAUUAUAAAUUUACUGUCCCAAUCGAUUAACUGUGUUGUCACAAUUAAGUGGAAAGUUUCAAAUCUUGUUCAUCUUGUGUUUUUCUAAUGGGUAAAGAUAAAAAACCUCCAGAGUAUGCAGACGAUUCAUCUGAUCGUCCACCGCCAUAUAAUUCAUAUUACGACCAGGCCGGUGGGGCCAGCGGAGUAGCACCCCCACCACCGCCAACAGGAUUUAUUCCACCUCCUUCUCAUCUUAAUCAACCUCCACCAGCAUAUCAACCUGGUCCUGAUUUUAUUAAAGCUCAAGAUCCACCAAUUCCACAACAACCUGAUCGAUUAUUAUCUCAACAAUCUGGUAACCUUACCUCCCACCGUCGAGCUGCUUUUCAAUGUAGAUUGGCUGCUCUAAGAGCCGCUCGCGGAUCAGGUGGUUGGGAGAAAUGUUACAACCUGUUGAUUGAAUCACUCGAUGGCUAUGGUUUAACACUAGAUCCAAUUGAAUAUGAAAAACGUAUCCGUGAAAGGCGCAUAGGAUGGACAGGAAUUCAUGUUCAAAUACUCAAUGACCUUGUUCGAAGUGCCACAGAGAUGGGAUGCGAACAAUUAUCAAUUCGUCAUUUGAGUUUCCUUCUUCAAUGUUUAUGUGAAGUAUUAACCCACCAGGAAAAAAGUGACCUUGCGCGAGAAUUGGAGUCUCUUGGUUCUAAAUGUGGCGAAGGAGCUCCAGUUAUACUUACACUCGAAAAUGGAUUCACCAUUCCUUCAGUUAAUUUAACCAAAUUUCCAAUGGUUUCUUCCCUUAAGAUUCAGAAUCUUUUUGCUUCCCUUCGUCCAGUAAAACUGAAGCCUAAAUCGAUGGACAAUCUAAUCACAACCAACGCUUCAAGUCCUUUUAUUUUCACUCCUAUUCAAAUGAGUCGACCGCAGCCAAGACGUAGGUCACUUAUCUCCCUCUCUACAAAAACCAUGGAUUUCAAAUGGAUCCAAGGAGAAACUUGCCAAAUAACUCUCCAAGUAUCCAACUAUUUACCUGUUGAAUUACAAGUUAAUCAUAUCGCCCUUUUAACCGACGGAGUGGCCUUCCAAACAUACCCAACCUCUUUAACACUCCCAGCGGAAUCAGGACCAUUUCCUAUUCAUUUAACGGGAACACCUUUGAACAAUGGAAAGCUUGAAAUCCUUGGCUAUUCAACCCACGUUCUCGGUGUUAAAAGUGACUGUCGCUGGCCUCACCUACCCAACUGUAAUCGACUUAAAUUGCCUGCUAAAUAUGUUGUUGAAGUUAUUCCUCCGCUGCCAUUAAUUGACAUUUCCGCUCCCGAUUUACCCAAGUCAGAUACUUUUACCUCACUAACCACCGACACCAAUGCAAUAAUGUCCAAUGUUAGCCUAACAAUUUAUGCUGGUCAAAAAAAAACUUGUUCCCUUAGGGUAACAAAUAAUAGUCCCAAUAAUGAAAUGAUUGAAAUAAUCUCGGUUAAAAUUAUCAGUAAGCUUGGUAAAGAAAUUGAAUCAAAUCUAGUUUCCUGGGAUGACAAUGAUCUCAACAAUUGUCUUCCUCUUCCAGCUCAAUCGUCAUUUGAUUUUAAUAUUGAAGUUUAUGGUAUAAGUGAUUUCCUAUCCUCAUCAACAAAAAGACGAGCUUCAAGUUUUAAAGCUAAAUCUGCUUCGGUCAGUGGAACUUCAUCUCCAAUCCCAAUGUCCCUGACAAACACUAAUUCGUUAGCCGGAUCGCCACAUCAUCACCCAUCUUCAACUACAGUAGCAAACACAACGGAAAAUAGUUCAUCGAAAAGGUCUCACAUGUUGGGCUCGGCUGUAGCUAAUUUCUUAUCAGAACUUCAAUUGGGCGGAAGUGGAGGAAGUAAUUCCAAUUCAAAACGAAAAUAUGACCUAGUCAACUCUAAUACUCUUGAAGAGUAUCAACCUCAGAUCGUAGAGGUGAUCCUUGAAUUUGAAUAUAGCGGCGGUGGUGGCCUAGCUUCGGGUUAUUGUCGUAAAUGUGCAAUCGCAAUUAACAUUGAUAUCUUACCUUCAGUAUUAAUCACCAAAUGGGAUGUACUUCCUGCAGAAAUGCCUUCCAAUUGUUACCUUGUAUUUGAUGUACUCAAUGCGACUAAUUAUGAAAUGGAAUUAAAUUACAGCGAGAAUAAGUCAAUUCUAAUUGAGUCACGAGAAACUUGUCGCAUACCCGUACCCGUUGAACGAGUCCCGUUAUUGUGUGAAAAUGUUUCUCUAAACAAUGAGAAAAGUUUUAACAAUGAAAAUUUAUUACUUAAAAGGUGUAAAAACCAUUUAGUUAAUCAGGUUAAUCUAAACUGGAAUCUAUUACAAGCCUCGAUAACUGGACUUGCCUCCAUGUCAGAAAUUCCUUGGACAGGGAAUCUCCUAGAGUCCAUUUUAAUGUCUUCUAUUCAAUGGGAUGUGAAAGUUAAUGGACAAGAACUGAAGAUUGAAGAGGAACUUAACUAUGCAAUUGGAGAACCAGUUAUGUUAACAAUUGAAGUGACCAAUAUAAGUGGUCAUAUCUUGAGAAAUGUUCAACUUUUGGUCGCUUGUUAUCAAGAUUUUCAGAAUGGAACUAAAAAUUAUAAAAUCGACAUGAAUCGAUCAAUAUUGGGCUCGGAUAAAGUUUAUAUUGAUGAAAUGUUAACGAUGAAAAGUCACUGUCAUGAAUUAGGACUAGUCUUUUAUUAUCCUGGUUUAUACAAAAUUGAGAUUCAAUGUACAGGAUCAACUAUGGAUCCAUCUUCAUCCCAACCAAUUAAUGAAGAUAUCAAGUUAAUUGUUAAAGAAACAAAUGAAAAAUCAAGUCGAAACGUAACUUGUGCUCCAUCAUCUUGGAAAUGUUCACCGUUAAUUGAGAUCAGUGUCGCAUAGAAAAUCAUAUAUUUAACUAUCAAUGGAAAUUUUUUAUAUUUUACAAAUUAAAUUAUACUGAUUAUUAAAUAUUCAAA